AUGAUUGACGAUGGUGACAAUAAUAGUGAAACGUUAUUUGCGGUACAUGGUGAUAAUGAAGGAAUGAAUCCGCCUCAAUCAGUAACAUGGAGAUCUGAUCAUCGUGCCAAAUUAAGACAACUAAUAUAUAGCCACAAAGUUCAUAUCGCCAUAGUGGUCCUAGUAAUAUUAGACGCCCUUAUUGUUAUUGCUGAAUUAUUGAUAGAUUUAAGUGUUAUAAAAGUACAUCAUACAAGUCCACUUGCACGUGCAUUCCAUUUCACCAGUAUUGCUAUUUUGGCAAUUUUUCUUGUUGAGAUCGUACUGAAGCUAUAUGCAUCCGAUUUAGCAUUCUUCUUACAUUAUUUUGAAGUUUUUGAUGCGUUGAUCGUUAUUGUUUCUUUUGUCUUGGAUAUUGCAUACUCAAAUUCUGAAGCCUUAAGUGGAGUCGGAUUACUUGUAGUACUUCGGUUGUGGCGUAUAGCAAGGAUUGUCAAUGGUAUUAUAAGUUCCGUUAAAUCACAAGCCAACGAUAAAAUACAUCAUUUAAGGCGCGAACUUGAAAAAACACGUUCAUACCUGGAACAAAAAUUAGAUCGUAAAGAGGCUGAAAUUCAGCUGCUGAAAAAGGUAUUAACGGACAGAAAUAUACCAAUUCCGAAACCCCUUCUCGAGGUAGAUUUAAAUGGAAACAGUACUGCUCAAGCCAACGGUUCAGCAUCGGAAGAAAUUACUGUUGAUAUUGCAGGCUCGUCAGCAAAGUCUACAUCAUCGGCUUACAUUGGCUAA